ACUGAUUAUUGCAUGCAUAAUUCAUGAGGCGAUUGUUCACAGUUGGCGCGUCCCCGCUGCUGAGCAACAAGAUGGCGGCCGCCGCCGGAUCAGGCGUGAAAGUCCCCCGUAACUUCCGGCUGCUGGAGGAACUUGAGGAGGGUCAGAAGGGUGUUGGAGAUGGGACGGUGAGCUGGGGCCUGGAAGAUGAUGAGGACAUGACUCUGACACGCUGGAGAGGAAUGAUCAUCGGACCCCCUAGGACCAUAUAUGAGAACAGGAUGUACAGCCUCAGAGUAGAAUGUGGACCAAGAUAUCCAGAAACGCCUCCUUUUGUUCGUUUUGUGACAAAGAUCAACUUGAAUGGAGUGCAUAACUCUAAUGGUGUGGUUGACAUGCGAGCUGUAUCCUCACUUGCCAAGUGGCAGAAUUCGUACAGCAUCCGUGUGGUCCUCCAGGAGCUGCGACGACUCAUGAUGUGCAAAGAGAAUAUGAAGCUGCCGCAGCCUCCUGAAGGACAGAUCUACAGCAACUGAGCUCAGAGCUUCUCUUUCAUCUCCUUCUCGACCUUCAUCCAGAAAACAUUCACACACGCAAGGCUGAGCAUUCCUUCUCCUCCUUUUUUCUGGACUCAUGAGAAUUCCUCCCUGUUCUCCUCUUUAUUCCUGACCACUCCCCAUGUGCUGCAGCAACCAAUGAGCAGUCCUGCCUCAGGAGCUCCCAUUGGACAGAAACGAUGGAUGUAUUGGUGUGCACAGCAGAAUACUGUACAUCAUUCUAAUCUUUUUUUUAAAUGUUUAUUUGUUAUACAUGCAAAUUGUAAAAAUAACAAAUGAUCUUAUUGAGUGUAAUUUGUGUGCCCUCAUUUGAGAAUAGUUCUGCAAAUGAAUUUGUGCUAUCAUGUAA